GACGCAAGCGCACAGCAUGGAGCAGGGCCAAUUGUGGAGACAGUACAUCAUAGCCGGCGUGGCGAACAUCGCCAUUACGGCUACUGGUUUUGCUUUGGGGUGGACUUCGCCGGUGAACUUGAAGCUCUUGGAUCCUGACGACACACCCUUGUCGCAACCCGUCACCAACGACGAAAUAUCAUGGAUCGGAUCCCUUAUAUCUGCCGGAGCUAUGUUCGGUCCAUUCAUUGGAGGUUUCCUAGCGUCAACAAUGGGUCGUCGAUGGGGCAUUCUUCUGUCAUCUGUACCACUCAUCGUCGGCUUUAUUUUGAUGAUAGCCGUUCAAAAUGUUGAAAUGAUUUACGCUGGCAGAUUCGUUUGGGGCCUGGCAGUCGGGAUGCUGUUUACGGUCACGCCGAUGUAUUGUGCUGAGAUCGCAACGGAUGACACGCGCGGUGCCUUGGGAUCAUUCCUCCUGCUAUUUGUAGUAUCUGGCUUCCUGCUGGUAUACGCAGUGGGACCGUUCAUCUCCUAUUUCGCGCUGCAGUAUGUCGGAGUAGCUAUAGUCGCUAUCUUCUGCGUGCUAUUCUUCUUCAUGCCUGAAACCCCGAUGUAUUAUUUGAACAAAGAUGACGUAGACUCUGCGGCCAAAUCCCUGCAAUUCAUCAGGGGAAAAUCUCGCGCCGGAGUGGAAGCUGAACUAGACAAGAUGGCCGCUGAAGUCAAGGGCGCAAGCCAGAAAACUGCUUACUUAUCGGACGUGUUCCGCGGCGCCAACUUCAAAGCGUUCUACAUCUCGUGCGCCCUCGUGGCAGCCCAGCAGUUGUCCGGCAUCAACGCAGUGUUGUUCUACAUGGCGACCAUCUUCGAAACGGCCGGGGCCAUUCUGGACUCCGCCAUCGCGACAAUCAUCAUCGGCGCCAUGCAGGUCGGUGCCUCAGCAGUCACGCCUCUGGUGGUGGACAGACUCGGCCGCAGGAUGCUGCUCCUCAUCUCCUGCACCGGAACAACUAUUGGACUCGGCCUCCUUGGCAUGUACUUUAUAUUGGACACCAACGGCAGUCCAAUAGUCGACAGCAUGAGGUUCCUACCCAUUCUGGCGCUGACGCUGUUCAUCAUCUCAUACUGCUUGGGCCUGGGUCCUCUGCCAUGGGUUGUAAUUGGAGAACUCUUCCCGAUUGACGUGAAGGCGUUGGCUUCUCCAAUAGCCACGGCCUUCUGCUGGCUGCUGUCCUUCUUGGUGACUAGAUAUUUCUACCUAGUAGCCGAUAUAGUUGGAAUGGGUGUGGUCUUUCUCAUCUUCGGAGUUUGCUGUAUAGUAGCGUUCUUCUUCACAUUCUUCGUGGUGCCGGAGACGAAGGGCAAGAGCUUCCAAGAGAUCCAGGAUAUGCUGGCUGGGAAGGUGUCGCCAUCGAAAACCGAGACAAUUUAAAACCAAAUAAUGUUUUUUAAAACUUACGAUAAAAUACGCGAGCAUUAUUUUAUUUUACCUCGAAUGAAAUAUUUAGUGAAAGGCUAAUUUUUAUAUUGUACUUCAUUGAUAUUUAGUUGUAAUUUAAAAUAUGUCUUCCAGUUUUAUUCGUACUAAGCUAUCGAAUUUAUUGAUUAUGAUAUUUA